AUGCCAGACCCCAACAUCCUCCGGCCAGCAUCACAGUGGAAGGUGGAGGGCCAGCCUCGGGGGUGCUGGGGCAGGUACCAUGCAAGCAGUGACGUCUGGGGGAGCCAGAGCCUGUUCCCGGACACGUGGCCCCCGUGGGUCAGCGCCGCCCUCCGCAGCCACGACGGGAGCACUGCGUGUGCAGGACGCCAGGGGCAGAGGGCGAUUACAGCACCUGAUGCGGGGUGGAAGGCUCAGCCUCUGCGCAGCACUCAGGGAGCUGCCGCUGGCUGCUGGCAGGUGGAGGGGGUACCCAGAGGGCCCGGGGGGAACACGGAGGCCCAGGACCCCCGCAGCGACAGGCACUUAUGGGGCCAGAUGCAGACAAAAGGCCAGGGUCCGGUCAGGCUGGACGCCAGGAUGCCUGGCUGGUCGGGAGGUGUGCAGGCCUGGGGGGCACACCACAGUGGUCCGCCGUGA